AUGUCUUUAAUAUUAAACUAAAUCAAUAAGGAUAAUGUGAUACUUGAAAAAGAUUGUAGAAUUACUAUGGGAGUGUAAAUUAUAUUAGAAAUUAGUGAAAUAAUCAUUUGA